AUGGCCAUCAAACCCUUCACGGAAGAGGAGUUGGAUGACAUCUAUGCCUUUGCUGUACAACUCGGCAAGGACGCAGGGAAACUGCUCCUCGAGGCUGCCCAGGCGAGAUUCAACGGGAGUGGCCAGAGCUCCCAAGAUUUCUCCGAGAAGGACAGCGCAGUAGAUAUUGUGACCAAGACGGACGAAGAUGUCGAAGCCUUCAUCAAGACAUCCAUAGCGGAGAAAUACCCCGACCAUGCCUUCGUCGGCGAGGAAAGCUACUCCAAAACCUGCUCAUCCCGCGCCUACCUCAUCUCCGACACCACACCAACCUGGUGCGUCGACCCGCUCGACGGCACCGUCAACUACACGCACCUCUUCCCCAUGUUCUGCGUCUCCAUCGCACUCGUCCUUCACGGCAAGCCCACCAUCGGCGUCAUUUGCGCGCCUUAUUUGAACCAGUUAUUCACCGCCUGCCGCGGCCGCGGCGCCUGGCUCAACGAGACGCAGCGCCUGCCCCUCGUCCGGAGCCCGUCAAUACCGCCCAUGCCUGAGAACGCGCCCCAGAGUUGUGUCUUCUCGUGCGAGUGGGGUAAGGAUAGGAAGGAUAGGCCGGAUGGGAAUUUGUGUCGGAAGGUUGAGAGUUUCUUGAACAUGGCUGCUGAGGUUGGCGGGAGAGGAGGGAAGGGGGGCAUGGUCCAUGGGGUGCGGAGUUUGGGCAGCGCGACGAUGGAUCUUGCGUAUACCGCAAUGGGGGCGUUUGAUAUUUGGUGGGAAGGGGGCUGCUGGGAGUGGGAUGUUGCUGCCGGCAUCGUCAUCCUCCAAGAAGCGGGCGGGCUGAUAACAACAGCGAACCCGCCUGGUGAUUCCCGGACAAGUAAAAUCGAGGAUGUCAAGCUGGGAAGUCGCCUAUACUUGGCUAUCCGGUGA